AUGCAAGACCAUGAAGUAUUCUCUGAGCAUGUGCGGGCACUAAAAGACUCUUUUUUGCCGCCCACAACCACAUACAGAACAGUGUCCAGUGUAAACGGGCCGCUGGUGAUUCUGGACAAUGUGAAGGGCCCGAAGUACUCGGAAAUUGUUCAUUUGACACUCCCCGACGGAACAAAGAGAACUGGGCAGGUUCUGGAAGUGUGCGGAAAGAAGGCCGUGGUGCAAGUGUUUGAGGGCACCUCGGGAAUAGACACCAAGCAUACCUGCGCAGAAUUCACGGGGGAGACUAUGAAAAUGGCUGUGUCCGAGGACAUGCUGGGCCGCACGUUCAACAGCACGGGAGACCCGAUAGACGGAGGGCCCCGGAUAAUAGCAGAAGAGUAUCUGGACAUACAGGGGCAGCCCAUCAACCCGUAUGCCCGAAUAUACCCUGAGGAGAUGGUGCAGACCGGAAUCUCUGCGAUUGAUGUGAUGAACUCGGUGGCCCGAGGGCAGAAAAUACCGAUAUUCAGCGGGGCCGGUCUCCCACACAACGAAGUGGCUGCGCAGAUUUGCAGGCAGGCCGGGCUGGUGGACAACAAAAGCACGGUGGACAAAAGCAAAGAAAACUUCUCCAUUGUGUUUGCUGCCAUGGGGGUUAACGCAGAGACAGCGCAGUUUUUCAGAAACGAGUUUGAGCAGAGCGGUGUGCUCGACAGGACUGUGCUGUACCUGAACUUGGCAAACGACCCAACGAUUGAGAGAAUAAUCACUCCACGGUUUGCCCUUACAGCAGCCGAGUACUUGGCGUACACAACGGGAAAGCACGUUCUCAUGAUCAUGACGGACAUGAGCUCGUACGCAGACGCCCUCAGAGAGGUGAGCGCGGCAAGAGAAGAGGUGCCUGGAAGACGAGGAUACCCGGGAUACAUGUACACGGAUCUCUCCACAAUCUACGAAAGAGCCGGGCGAAUUGCAGGAGUGGACGGGUCAAUUACGCAGAUUCCCAUUCUGACAAUGCCAAACGACGACAUCACACACCCGAUUCCGGACCUUACGGGGUACAUCACCGAGGGCCAGAUAUACAUCGACAGGCAGCUGCACAACAGACAAGUGUAUCCGCCCAUCAACGUGCUCCCGUCCCUGUCCAGGCUGAUGAAGUCCGCUAUAGGCGAGAACAUGACCAGAGGCGACCACUCGGACGUGUCCAGCCAGCUGUACUCGAAGUAUGCAGUCGGAAAGGAGGCGCUCGCCAUGAAGUCUGUCGUGGGGGAAGACUCUCUGUCGGCCGAGGACAAGCUUGUAAUUGAGUUUGUGGACAACUUCGAGAAGCACUUUAUUAGCCAGCGAAAGGACGAGUGCAGAACCAUCCAGGAGUCGCUUGACCUCGCCUGGGACCUUUUGCGGAUAUUCCCUAAGGAGAUGCUGAACCGAAUACCAGAUGACGUUCUGAACAAGUACUACACAAUACAGGGCACUGAAGAAGGCGCCAGCCAGAAAAGCCUGGCCUCGGAAGAGUCCGCUAGCAGCGGCUCGCAGGAGAAACAGGCCUAA